CCCUAUCCCACUUUGACACAAAAUAGAUAAAAAACAUUUUUUUCUAAGAUUAAUGCUGAGUUUUUAAAGCUUUUCAUCCAAGAAGAAAUUAAAUUUUUAGCAUUAUGCCUCUAUCACAUUUUAGUUUGGUUAACCUCAGACCUAAAAGUGUUUUAUUCUUCUAUGUUUUGAUUUAGCUUUGAGAGGUUAACUUCAAAGCUGUUCCAAAGUAUGCAGCGUAAUUGUAAAGGUGGAUUUACUAUUGAUGCACUGCUGGUGCUUCCCUGACUCUGCUUCCAUUACACAAAAAAGCAGAGUUUUCCUGUUAGUUUGAAGAAUAAAGCACAAGGUUAACAAACGGGACACAAUUUUAAAAAAAAAAAGAGGUUUAAACUGUAAAACACUGCAGAACCCAAUGCAACAAAAAAAUAAAAACCCAGACUGUUGGGUUUGGGUUUGUUUAACACGUGGUGUUUUUGUGUUUUUGCUUUUUUUCAGGAUAUCCCCGGGGUUUUGAAGGUCAGGUGUCAGCGGUGAAAUGGAAUUCUUGUCAGCAUGGAUUGUGUCUCCUUCCACUCUACCCUUUCUGUGUCUCAUUUGGGGCGCACAAGCCCAGCAGGCAUUUAGGACCGAGCCCAGAAACCUCACGGUGAGGAUGGGAGCCACAGCUGUGUUGAAGUGUGAGGUGCUGCGGGCCUCUGGGACCGUGCAGUGGGUGAAAGAUGGCCUCCUCUUGGGACCGCAGAGAAGCCUUCCAGGCUUUCCGCGCUACAGCAUGAUUGGAAAGAGAGGGCAGUAUCAUCUGAGAAUUGAAAAUGCUCAGCUGGAAGAUGACACUUUCUAUGAAUGCCAAGCGGGACAAUCUGACAUCAGUGACGGAAUCAUCUCCGAUGCAGUCUGGCUUAAUGUACUAAUUCCCCCAUCUAACCCAUACUUCACCAUGGAUGUGACAGCAUUUUGGGUUGCAGGGGAGAGCUAUGAUGUCACCUGUGUGGCUCCUGAUGCCAAACCCGAGGCUGAAGUCUUUCUGUAUAAAGAUGGAGUCAAGCUGACAGGUGUAAAGUCUUUCCCCGUGUCUGGCUCAAAGGAUAAGCUUCUGAACACGCAUGCUGAAGUAACGGUGACUGCUGUGAGUUCUGACAAUGGAAGACUGUUGGCAUGCUACGCCAAGAACGCUGCCUUGUCCAAGCCUGUGGUGACCACGGUGACCAUGAAUGUGUACUACCCACCUGACGCUCCGCUUAUUGUGAACCUGGAUGGAGAUGAAGUCAGAGCGGGGAGAACGCUCAUGUUGGAGUGUGUGUCAGGUAGUGGAAAUCCCCUCGCCGCUCUCCGGUGGACCAAGAAUGGAGAGAUUGUCUCUACGACUUGGGAAGAAGACGAAUUUGCGCGGAAGUCCAGAAGCGUUUUAAAAAUGCUGAUGACCCCUGCAGACAACCAGGCAGAGCUGAGCUGUGAAAGCUUCAACGUGGUGUCUCUGUCACCUCUGUCCAUCACUCACAAAAUAAACGUCUUCUUUGAUCCUGAAGAGCUGACGCUGUCGGGUUCAUUAGAGGCCAUUGAAGGGCAGGAGGUGGUUCUGAGCUGCUACGCCGCCUCGAGUAAUCCUCCUGUCGACAUUCGCUGGUGGUUGGGCUACAAGGAGCUCAACAACACCGUUUUCAUUCGGGAAGAGGGAGACAACGGGGGGAUGACGACCGUGUCCAAUGUGACCCACCGGUUCUCCCGGGAGGACAACGGACUGAUGCUCAACUGUGAAGCUUUCAACAAAGGCACACGCUUCUCCAAAAUUGAAGCUGCUAAAAUCAGUGUCUACUAUCCCCCUCAAAAAGUGUGGCUUGACGCUCCAGCUCAAGAUGUUCCCCUUCACGCAGGCACUAAAGUCACUCUCAUCUGUCAUUCUACCGGAGGAAAUCCCACCGCAACCUUGACUUGGCUCAAGAAUGGAAAGGCGGUUGCCCACGCACCCAAGCAGACAUCCUCUGACAUGGCUGUAGCCAGAGAGCUACACCUGGUCCUAACAGCAAGUGACAACAUGGCCACCUACCGCUGUGAUGCCACAAACAAGGCAAAGAAGACCAUCUCUGCACACACUAAGCUGCUAGUAUACUUCACAGCAGUGAGCAUGAAGAUCACAGCGCAGCAAGAGGUGCUUCGCCAGGGUGAGGUGCUAACACUGGAGUGCCUGGCUGAAAGCAGUAACCCAACAGCAAACAUCUUCUGGAGCGUGGGCGCAGUCAGGUUCCAGAAAGCUGAGCAGACACACAGCAAGGAUGAGUCUGGUGCUGUCACCGUCAACAGCACUCUAUUGCUGAAUCUGACUUCACAGCACCACAAACAGAAUGUGAUUUGCCAGGCCUACAACCCCGUGUUAGAGGAAGGGGCUAACACAUACUACCAACUCAACGUGCUCCACCCGCCAGAAUUCAGCUCUGCUCAGCCAGCACAGAUCCAGGUGGAGGAGGAUGAGAUGGCAACGAUCCCACUGCUGGUUUCAGCAAACCCAGAGGUGGUCUCUUGUGUUUGGCUGCAUCGCAGGGAGACGCUGGUCAAAGGGGAUAAUCUGCACCACCACUGGUUGGAGGACGGCUCUCUGGAGAUUAGGAAUGCGACGAGGAGAGAUGCUGGACUGUACACCAUCAAGUGUGAAAAUGAAGAAGGUGUCAGCCAAACUGCUAUCACCUUGGACGUUCUUUAUGCUUGUGGUGUCACUGCAGAGAAAGAUCCGGUGUUUGUUAACUUGGGGGGAAUAGCAGACCUGAUAUGUGUGGCAGAUGCCAACCCCAUUAUAUCUGCCAUGUUCUCAUGGAAAUGGCUGGGAGAGGAGGAGGUGGAGAUGGGAGAGGAGACACAGGAAGACGAAUCAAGCCUUCUGACCAUCAGUAAUGUGACUCGGGCUCAUGCUGGUCUAUACCAGUGUACAGCUAAUAAUGGCAUUGGACUCUCUGCUAGUGUAAAUGUGCAGCUGGUUGUGCAAUUCAAACCAGAGCUUCAGAAAGGACCCCAGUGGAGGAAAGUAGCAAGCAGAGGGGAUGGAACUACCUCGGCUGAGUUGGUGUGCCGGGCAGAGGGUAUUCCUCGCAUCGACUUCUCUUGGGAAAAAAAAGGGGUCCUUCUGGAUUUGGCAAACCCCAGGUAUGAGGAGAAAACCGUGAGGGAGGGCUCCUUCCACACCAGCACGCUGCGAGUAGUAAACGUGAGCGCCGUGUUGGACUACGCCGUCUUCAGUUGCUAUGCUCGCAACUCACUAGGGGAAGACAAGGUGGACAUCCAGCUUGUCAGCACAAAUCACCCGGACCCUCCCUCAAUGUUUCGUCACGUCAGCAGCAGCCAUGACUCUGUCACUCUGGAGUGGAUUCCCGGCUUCAAUGGUGGUUCGCAACAGAAAUUCCGAAUAAGAUACCAAUGGGAUCAAUCUCUCAGCUUCCAGUAUGUGGAUGUUUUCCCACUAGAUGCGACAACUUUCACCGUCACUGGUCUGCAGCCUGUCACCAGCUACAACUUCUCCAUUAAUGCCCUCAAUGCAAUAGGAGAGAGUGACUAUGCUGACAACAAUGCAAUACUGACCAUCACCACCAUGGACAGACCAGGAUCAGAAGAGGACAGUCCGCCUGAGGUACCACAGAGUCCGAGUGAACUGCCCACCUACAUGACUGCAAUCUUCACAUUUGUCAUUGGAGUUGUGCUGGCGCUAAACUUACUGGGGUGCUUCUUGGGACUGCGGUGGAAAAGGAAAUGUGAACAGAGAAGGGCAGGAGGGGGCAGCGUGGUAGAUGGACAGAAGAGUGAACUGGAUGGGUCAAGUCAAUCAAGCGUGAGAAACUCGAAUAAGUACGAGAGCGGAGAAAAGAUCAACACCGCUGCUCAGCGCACCCUCCUCAUCGACUCUGGAUCUGAAACGGAGAGCCACGUCUAUGAGAGCUGCACAACGGAAGACUCCCAUUAUUAUUAUCAUCCUACCGAGUACAGGCCGACUCUCCGUCCCCUCCCGGAGGAAAGACGUGGCCUCGGUGUCCACCAUGUCGCCCACCUUCCUGUGAACCCUGACAGCCAUGUGUAUGAGGAUGUCACGGAGGCGGGAGUGUACCGGGACACAGUGGCCCCGGCCCUCCCUUUCCCUAACCACGAAUUGACUCAACAGAGGAGUGACUGGAGGUCAAUGACCUACCGUCAGGGUUUCAGUAGAGCGGGGCCGUCCGUGGAUGUUCAGGCCCAGAGCGAUCUACCGUUUGAACUGCGAGGAGAAUUAGUCUAAAGAGAGAAAAUGUGAUCAAACACCAUCAUCAAUGGUCAUUAAAUGUAAAGUUGUAUUACAGCUAGACCUUUUCUUUCUGUUUAAUUAUUUUUAUUUACAUUUUUGUACACUGUUAUACUAAGGAUAGUCUGGAAAAUACUGUUAGGAUUAAAAAAAGCAUC